AUGCAUCAGCCUCCGGGGUUUGUUGAUCGUCGGUGCCCCGAUUUUGUUUGUCGGCUUAAGAAAUCUUUAUACGGCCUCAAGCAAGCUCCUAGAGCGUGGUAUACACGGUUUGCUACAUUUAUUACCUCUCAUGGCUUCAAAAGUAGUGCUUGUAAUCACUCUGUUUUUGUUUAUCAGCAGGAUCCCUCUAAUAUUGCUUACCUGUUACUAUAUGUUGAUGAUAUUGUGUUAACCGCAUCUAAUGAGAAAUUGUUACAGUCUAUCAUUGGCAACCUCUCACGAGAGUUUGCCAUGACUGACCUUGGGCGCCUCCAUCACUUUCUAGGCAUCAAGGUUGAUCAGCUAAAGAACGGAAUCUUCUUGUCUCAGCAACAAUAUGCAAAGGAUAUUAUCUCCCGUGCUUCUAUGACUGCUUGCAAACCAUGUACUACUCCUGUUGAUCUAUCCUCCAAGUUGAGUGCUUCGGAUGGUCCUCGAUUCUCUGAUCCGACUUUAUACAGGAGCCUUGCAGGUGCUUUACAGUACCUUACGUUUACUCGCCCGGAUAUUUCUUAUGCUAUGCAACAGAUUUGUUUAUUCAUGCAUGACCCUCGGGAUGCUCAUUAUUCGUUUAUGAAGCGCAUCAUUCGGUACAUUCAGGGUACCAUUGACUAUGGUAUUCGCAUGGUUAAGUCAAGAACCAAUGAGUUGGUUGAAUACUCUGAUGCAUAUUGGGGUGGUUGCCCUGAUUCAAGAAGGUCAACUAGUGGGUAUUGUGUUUUCUUGGGUGACAAUCUUAUUUCUUGGUCGUCUAAACGGCAGCCUACGGUUUCCCAUUCAAGUGCAAAGGCAGAAUAUCGGGGGGUUGCUAGUGCCGUGGCUGAGGCCACGUGGAUACGGAAUUUACUGCUAGAAUUACAUACUCCGCUCCGUCAGGCAUCCAUUAUCUAUUGUGAUAAUGUCUCCGCUGUUUACUUGUCUGAUAAUCCGGUGCAACAUCAGCGCACGAAGCAUAUAGAGAUCGGCAUUCAUUUUGUUCGUGACAAGGUCCGCGUGGGUGACAUUCGAGUUCUUCAUGUUCCUUCUUCAUUAAAAUAUGCGGACAUAUUUAUGAAGGGUCUCUCUAAACAGUUGUUUCAAUCAUUCCGGACCAGUUUGAGCGUUUGUCCUCCUCCCGUUCAAACUGCGGGGGAGUCUUAG